UGUUUCCGCGUCUGUAGGAGGGGAGCGUGAUUUCAGCGACAGACGAAACACUUUCUUCAAAAUGCAGGACCCGAACGAGGACACGGAAUGGAACGACAUCUUGCGCAGGAAAGGAAUCCUCCCUCCCAAGGAGAAGCCGGAGGAGGCGGACGAGCACGAGGAACAGCUGAUACAACAACAAUCCGUCGUGAAGACGUAUGAGAGCAUGACUCUUGAAGAGCUGGAGGAGAAUGAAGACGAAUUCAGCGAAGAUGACGAGGCGGCCAUCGAGAUGUACAGGCAACAGCGUUUGGCUGAAUGGAAGGCUAAUCAGGUGAAGAAUGUGUUUGGGGAGGUGGUGGAGAUUUCAGGCCAAGAUUACGUCCAGGAGGUGAACAAGGCCGGAGAGGGCAUCUGGGUUGUACUGCACCUAUACAAACAGGGUAUUCCUCUCUGCACGUUGAUCAAUCAGCACCUGUCGUGUUUGGCGCGUAAGUUUCCUCAGACCAAGUUCCUCAAGUCCAUCUCCACCACCUGCAUCGCCAACUACCCCGACCGCAACCUGCCCACUAUCUUCGUCUACCAGCAGGGGGACAUGAAGGCCCAGUUCAUCGGACCCCUCGUCUUCGGAGGCAUGAACCUCAAACUCGACGAGUUGGAGUGGAGGUUGUCGGAGUCUGGCGCGGUGAAGACGGAUCUGGAAGAGAAUCCCCACAAGAAGAUUCAGGACACACUCAUGACAUCUAUACGCUGCUCAAUGCCCAAUGCACACCACGACGAGGACUCAGACUAGCACACACACACACACACACACACACACACACACACACACACACACACACAGACACUUAUGACCUCCAUACGCUGCUCAAUGCCCAACACACACUAUGACGAGGACUCUGAUUAACACACACACACACACACACACACACUAUGAAGACGAGGACUCAGACUAGCACACACACACACACACUUCUGACGUCCAUACGCUGCUUGAUGCCAAACACACACCAGCGCUACAAAUCUCUCUCACACACACACACAUUUCAGAAGCAGCAGCCUAUACACACACUCCUCCCCAGUCAAGACCAUGUUCAGGAAGAAUGAACACACACACACACACACACACACCACAUCUCUCUGCUCCAUUCUCCCUGAUAACAGGUGUUUGUCUGUGUGUGUGUUUGUGUGUGUGUGUCCCGGGUGGGCGGAGUUGUUUUUGUAUAAAUCAUGUUGUGUCUCGUCACCCAUAAAGGACUUUCUCUUUUUCUCA